AUGGAGUCCCGGAUCAAGUACAAGCAGCUGGAGGCGAAGCUUUUGAAAGACAAGGUGCAGGAGGCUCGCUUGAAGGCUCAGCAGCUCCGGCUCCAGUUGCAGGCCAUCGGUGCUCAAGAGACGGUUGUCCCUCGCAAGAUCCAGGCUGGAAGUGGAAGCGAGGAGCCUUCCGAAUUCCGCGAGCUCCUGGAGAUGUUGGUCGGGGCCGUGGACCUGCAGCGCCAAGUCCUCUUCGAGUGCGGCUCCGAGGGGGAGGUGCAGGUGGGCGGUCGCAGAGUGAUGUUGCAUCGCAUGGUCACGUGGCAGAUGGGUGACUCACCACUGAAGCUCUCUGUCCCGAUGGAGCUGCAGGCGGAGAUCGCGGGCCUCUUGACCGAUGCCCGGAAGCGAGGACGAAUGGAAGAAGCAGUGCUGCAGCGCCUGGCUAGCACUUGGGAGAUCAUGGGUGCCGAGGUGGUCUCGGCGAGCGGAAGCGGAGCCGGCGGAGCUUGCCCAUCAGCGCCUCUUCCCGAGCCGGCAAUCUUCCUCGUCCAUCGGUCUACCUCCCAGGCAGUCGUCGUGGCGAAGUGGCCCGCCGUCGACUUUACGCAGUCAGAGGCACCGAAAAUCUUUGAUCCGGAGAGCCACUUUUCCAGACGUUUAAACGAAAGCGCAACGACAAACAUCUCCACGGGGGACCGUGUAGAGGUGGAGUACGAGGGGCAUUGGUUCACGGGCACCCUGCAGUCUGUCUGA